AAAGCAGCUAAUUAAACUGUAUCGAAUAGAAAUCAGUUCGCUUAAAACGAAAAGAUUUGAGAGAAAAUCUUCCACCGUAGGACUGCCUUUGUCCACGGGUGUUUGGUGUUUUCAGGGUGGCUGUAUGGCCAUCGUCUGUCUGUGGUGGGCUAUUUGUGUGCAUGGUGGCCGGUGAGUGUACGAUGGUGUAGUGAACAUGGUUUAACAGUUUUCUUUACGAUUAGAAUUCGACAGGAAAAGCAGCGAUAACACACCCCUGAGAUUUUUUUGUGUCUAAAUUCUGUCUGCGCUGUGUUGUUGUUAGUGGUGGUGGCGGUCGUGUGACAAGUGCGGUGGGUGGUGUAUGCGUGUGCGUCUGUUGGCAAAGUGUUUGAUUGAUCCUCCCGUGGCCAGGCAGUGUGAAAAGUUGAAUGAAAAAUGCAUCCAUAAGUGCAGGCGUGUAAAAAAGCAUAAUCUGCAUUAGGUGAAUAUGUGAAGUGCGUUUCUAGCUUUUUCACUGGAGGAGGUCAAUCCAUUCUUUUGGGCUUCUUUGUUUAGUGUGUGCAGAGUUGCGAGAGCGAGCGAAAAGCUGUGUAAAGAUACGGAGCAAAAGAGAGAGAGGAAGUGAUUGAGCGAGCAGCGCACAAAUACGCCGCAAGAGAGCAGCGAGUGUGUGUGUGUGCGCAAGAGAAGAAGAGCAAGUGAGAGAGCGAGAGAGAGAGAGAAGGGCGAUACAUGUCUCUACGAAACAGAAAAUAAACGAGCAGAGGAAAAAAGCAAACAGCAGCCAACGACCGCAUUGCACUCAUCCCUAGGUUCAUCAGCAACAGCGAGGAGUGCAUCGUAUAGAGUGAAGAAUAUUCACCUUCUACAACGUUCCCACCGACAAACCGGAAGUUGGCACCGUCGAAGGGUGAACCUUUGCCGGGCUUGCCGCGUAAUCUUCCUCCAUCCACUGCCUCGUAACGUAACCAAAGUGGCCAAAGUAAGAGUCUGCCAUCGAACCGAUACCGAAACCCGUCAAUACACUCUGCCAAUCCAUCCCCGGAAGCUGGACAACCACAGACGUGUUGUGGUCGCACAACCGGCGUGUUGUCGUAUCUAUCCAGCAGCCAUCAUUUAAUGCCAACAGCAACACGUACACCAACCAUGGCGGUGCCCAUGGUCUCUUCCACGACGGGCCUGUCCCGGCGACAGAUGCUCGGUGUCGUUCUAUUGCUCAUCCUGCCUAGUGCAUUCGUAGUGGUAGCGCAAGCGGAACCAAUUCUAAAGAUCCGCACGACUGAGUUUACGCGUUAUAAUGAAGUGAUUGAAUAUCAAAGCUCAACGUCAUAUAAUCCACGCGGUAUGGCACCGCUGUACGAAAUCACCAAUCACGUCAUCGAUCUGUUCGUCGAUGAGUAUCCCAUCCCGGACGGUUACAUCACCAUCCAGGAAGGCUCAAUUGCUGCAGGACCAAACGUUGCGGACAACAAUUGGGGUCCGUUGCUGAAACAAUACUGGGCGAUCUUGCUUGUGGCGGCAGUGUGCAUCAUCAUGAUUGCAAUCAUGCCUAUCAUGGGGCUGUGUUUGUGUUGCUGCCGAUGCUUCGGUGGAUGCGGUGGACGUUCCCAACCGUUCGACAAGAAACACGAUACUUGCCGUCGAGCAAUUUUGGGCUUCCUGUUGAUUUGUUCAACCUCGGCAUUGGUAUUUGGAGUGGUGGUUGCAUUUGUUACCAACAGCUAUAUGCAACAUGGGGUGGAAAACAUUACUAUUUCCGCUCGGCAUGGUGUGCACGAUACUCGGCUAUACUUGAAAAGUACCUCGUCCCACAUCGAUCAUGUGCUGAACAAGAACUACCAGGAGCUAAACAACGAUCUCAAACAGAUGCUGAACGAUGCGUCCGGUACCAUAAUCAAACGACUUGAAGAACAAUCUAAGGCAGAGAAGCUAACGACAUUGUAUCAGUUUGUUGAAGAUUUGCCAGGAAUUAGCAAAAAUUUGGAAAAGAUGAAACAACUCACCAGCGAGUUACGGAUCACGGCGUCUCAGCUAAACGAUGGGCUUCGUGGCGUGAAGAGAGAAUUGCUUACGUCGCUUAAUAAAUGUGGCACACAGGAAUGUAUUAAAGUGAUGGAAGACUACAAGAUUGGACGCUUGAAUGUGAACGGUAUCGACUACAACUCGAUACAAGACAGAUACUUCCCGAGGCUGCCGGAUUUGUCUGACAUCAUCGAGAGCGUUAAGGAGCUGAUGGAUAGCAGCCUUGGAAGUGCCAUACGUAAGGGCGUCAAGCAGAUGGAACAGCUGAAGAGUACGCUCAAUCAGACCGUGCUGGAAAACAUACCGAAAGUGCAGGCCGCUUCGGAUUCAACGGGCAAUGCAAUUAGGGAGGUAUCGAACCUGCUUACUUCGCGGCUAAGCAAUGUGGCCGAUACGCUGGGUAACAACUCGUACAAGCAUCUGGAUACGGCGGACGAGUACAUACAGCAGUACAGCAUCUACCGAUACUAUGCCGGACUAGGAAUCAGCUCGGUGCUAUUGUUGAUUUUGAUCUGUCUUGUGUUUGGGCUGUUGUGUGGAAUUUGUGGAAAACGCCCAGACGGUUAUGGAGAUGAUUGCUGCAAUAAAGGUGCCGGUGGAAGGUUUUUAAUUUUCGCCGUUGCCAUUAUCUUCCUUACGUUUUCUGUGAUCCUGGCGGUAGCUUUGGCUUCAUUCCUGGUGGGCACACUUACGCGUCGUGCUGCAUGUGACUCACUUCGCGAUCCGGCCAACGAUCAGAUUGUCAGCUAUAUCGAUCAGUUCGUUGAUUUGAACCGCCUGUACGCAGAUCUGCGGGCACAGGCCGAACGCUCAAGAACCAAGCUGCAGGUCAGCGAUAAUAUGGAACAAGUAAGCAUCGGUCAGGUGAUUAUGGCGUGCCAACAGAAUGAAUCGAUCUACAAGGUGCUGAAGCUGAACAACUUUGUCGACAUUGACACGAUUCGUGAAUUCCCGGAGCAGUACGGCAUUACACGCGAACUGAAUGCGCUUACGCUCAAGAUUAAAAUCAAUCCGGUACAAAUUCUUACACCGGAAGCGACCGAAGACAUAAAAGCACUGCAGGCGUCGAAGCUAAACGAGUUCGACGUGGAUAAGUUUACCGAUAAUCUGACGUACAACAUCACCGAGUAUAAUCUGAAUGAGAUAGCCCAAAAGCUACGCGAUGUAGCGGACCGCGUUCCACCCGGAAAGGAAAUGAACGACAUUAAAGUGAACCUUAAAAACCAAGCUCUACAUCUGUCUUCGUAUCAGACCAACCUUGUCGAUCCGAUGAUUGUGUCGACAAACGAGCUUAUCAAGCUCUCGACCACGCUGGACAGCAGCUUGAAGUUUGGGGAAGAAUCUUUCUCAAAAGCCAUCGACAAAUUCUUGACGCAGAUCAAGGAAGCUGAAAUUUACAUUAACAAACACGGCAUGACUUUCGUGCAGAAUAUUACUGAGGAACUGGUAACCGGUUUUACCAACCAAAUUUAUGCGUACAUCAAGUUCGUGAUCGAUUCCACACAGGACGAUAUUGGUCUUUGUGGUCCAAUGUACAACGUUUACGAGUCGGUGAUUGUUGCAUCGUGCCAACGAAUCGUUGAUCCAUUUAAUGGAUUCUGGGCUGGAGUAGUGUGGUGUCUGCUACUGUUCCUGCCAUCAAUUAUUUUUGGUGUGAAAUUGUCAACAUUGUAUCAAAAGUCGGAUCCUUAUCCAGGGCCGAUGGUGGAAUCUGAGUAUCUGUAUGAUGCCUACACCGAGCGUGAUAACAUUCCUCUUGCGAGUGGUCCAAAGAAUAAACGCCGCAAGAAGCAAGAUCGCCGCCGUGAAUCUCGUGAUCGUCGGGAAAUCUAUUACGAAGAGGGCAGCCCAUCGCACAGUCGUGACCCAAGGUACAACGAUAUGGCUCCGAAAAACUGGGAUGGCGCUCCACCGCGGUACCAGAAUCCCCCGAUGGCACCACCAGCAGCAGAGUAUGAACGACCACCGCCGUACUACUAUCCGGGUGCACCGAGUGAACAUGAGUAAAUCCCGUUUCUUCGCUUCAUGGUCCGGAUGGUGUGGUCGUCGUCGUUUUUUUGUUUUGUUUUUGGGAGAAAACAUAGCAACUGUUCUAAACCGCGUCGUAAAAUUUAUACCGUACAAAACGAAAUAGACAUCGCUUGUUCUACGAAACACUCGCGUGCCAACGUACGAUUGGAAAAUGUUCAUUUGCUGCACUAGAUCAUCAAAGGCGUGCUGAAUUUUGGUGCACAGUGUGUUUUCUUUUUACUAUGAUUCAUCAAUUCGCCAUCGACGAUAGAAAGGAUUAGUGUUUCACGGAUAAACUGUUUCAAUUCUUUAUAAUAUACUCAACAUGUGUAGGGAACUGCAGAGGCAUUAAACAAUAAGGAAAGAAUUGUGUUUGGAUGUAAGUGCGUAAAUUUGAUUUAUAGUUUUGAUAUUCUUCUGUUGUGCUACAUAAAGACAGGCAGCAAUUUAAAUCGAUUUUUAUAUUUGCAUUUCACUUCUAACACGCGAACGAUUGAUUAAAGCAUUUAAAAGAUAGAAAGUGUGUUUGCGUACCGGUGCGCCAUAGCAGCAGUAUCGAGUGCAGAAUCUCACGGGUGAACAGCAGUAAGAUUUAGAAAGCACCCAUCAUUAACUAUUUGGCACAAGUGACACGUUUUAACGGAGAGUGGGGCGUACAUGAAUGAGCACACCGAACCUUUGGUUUCGUUUCGAGCGGAAACAUAGCACGUUGCAAGCAGUAGCAUACAAUUCAUUCCAAAAAAAGACCAAACAAUUCGAAUGAGAUCAAUCAAAACACAUAUGUCAUCCUCGAUAAGUACAAGCAUAUACAUAUAUAUUUAAAUCGAUCAUCCUCCCUGCACACGUGUGUUUGCUCAACGAUGAUAAUUUUUUUUUGCAAAAAGCGUAAUUGAACUAUGGAAAUUGUAACUAGAUUAUGAUCGUGCGAUCAAUCAGUCUUUUGCCGGACAAGGAAAUCAUAUACUGCCCCUUUCGAAAGAGAUUGAAUACUGAAUUCUUACAUUCUGUGCAUUUUCUACACUAACUACGUUCGUUGCUCUUAACACGAACCACUCACUCUUCAAAACCUGUAAUCGGUAGUGAACUCCACUGCUAGAUCUCGUUUAGAAACGGUGGACAAUGCUCAGUUUAUAUCCGUAGGCAUAGGCAUUAUCGGGACGUGGCAAAGUGAUGGCGGAGUGCGAUGGAAAAGUACAGGAGAGUAGUACGGGUAAAGGAUUGGACCCAAACGAUCAUUAUGCGUCGAUGUUUGGUCCGAUGAUCGAUGAGAAUGCUGAGAUUAGGCUAUAGUUUCACUUUGAACGAACGGGGACACGUUCCUUAGUUGCAUGCAAAAACGACCCGCAUUGCCGGAUAAAAACAAAGCAAAGGGGUCAAACAAUUGUGCUUGUAUAAUGCCCAAGGCUGAUUAGCUGUAUAUGUAAGUCAAAUUCCAAGCAUGACGUUGAAACAGCACUGAAAAGUACUGUAUGCAACGAAGCCCUGACGGCUCCCGGAAAAGUUUUUUUAGUGUGUUUUUUUUGUUGAUUCUUUCCGCCCGGUUCUCGGAGCAGUGCUAACCCUAGAAGUCAGUGAAAUAGUUUGGAUUGACUAGGAAAACUGGAUUAUCGUUUAAAAGUAGCAGAAUCUCGCUUUUAGUUUGUAUGUUUGUGAUUUUAUACUGUUUUGCAUACAAAGCAGUCACAUAAAACAUCUGCUGGAACUCCGAUUGCGCCAGGGGAUUAAGUCUAGGGCCAUGGGUAUCGUCACCUAUGGCGCUUGUUGAUGCGUGGCUUUAAGGCUGAAUUUGCAUGUAUGGUUUUUUUUUAAUAAUUCGAUCGUUCGUUUAGUUUAAUAUAGGAUAUUUUAAAACAAAACAAUACAUUGCGCUUCGUUAUUCGUUUAGUUUAAUUUGUUGCACCUUAGUAGCACACACCUAUAUCGGUUUAUUAUUAGUUCGAGAAAUUUAGUUCGUUUGUCAGCAAGUGAUACGGAAGUAUAUUCCCUUAACUGCUAUGUUUAAACUACAUUUAACAGUCGGGACAAUUAUGGGUAAAUAAUUGUGAAACAUUUUUACGCUAAAAAACAUAUUGCAAGGAGAGAACGAUAAAUAUGUAUCUACGAAAUUAUCAUGCUCAGCAAAUAGAAUUUUAACACUGUGUUGAUUAAGUAAAUGAAAACAGAACAUCUACAAGCUCACAUCCUUCUUCUUGUAAGUAUGUUAGAGCCGAACCGUUUCUUCCGGUUUUUGUUUUGCCUUCGGUGGCAGAAUUUUUGUCAGAAGUGCGUGCCGUGCAUAUGUAGAAGCGGGAUAAGACUUUCUUAACUUACUAUUUAGCAAACAAAACAAACAAACAAAAAAAAACACAUAAACAACUUUCACCAACCUAUAGAUGUGACGGCUGCGCGCGUGCUUAUGGAGAAAUGGAGAACAGUCAAACACGAUUCUAAAUGUACGAACAAUAGUACUAAAGCUAUUAAGAAAAAAAAACAAUACAAACUUUUUAUCCUUCUCAACCACGGGUGUGCUAAGUGCGCGUACAGCACAUACAUAUACAUACAUUAAAAAGAAAGUGCAAAAACUUAAAGUGGUAAAGGGAUGAACAAAAUUUACAUAGAAGGUUCCGCUCCGUGGUAGUUAGCAAGGUAAGAUUUAGAGCGAUGAUUUAAGCACCAUUUCGAUAGAGACUAAAAAGCAAGAAGACAACAUCAUUUGGCAUUUGGAAACAAUUCCACUCCAUUCGCGCGAAGGAUGCAAAUUACAUGUUACAUAAGGUGUUGUAAUGAACUUUUCAAUGUGGUUUUCUUCCUUAUGGCAUGGCAGACGAGCAGAACGACGCAUUUAUUCGUGUAUAAUUCGUGUGUACCUACUAAAGCACAUGUGGCAAGAACAUGUGGCGUAUAGAAUUCGAUUUCAACAUGCCAAACAGCAGCUGCCUGCCCUACACAAUUGGUGUUGCCUGAUUGGUGUACAUGAUCGUAAUACACAAACAUUAUACAUCAUCCAAUGAAGGAAUUAAACGCAAAACGAAGGCAGAAUUAAAUUCGUAAUUAGUCCUAGUGUACUUGUUUUUUUUUCUACAUUGGAGCUUGAGAUGGAACCGAUCGCGCGGUAUAAAGCGCGGUUUGUGUACCGGGAGAGGGAAACAUAGAAGAAAAGUAUGAACCAUUUCCAAUGUAAUACAAAGAAAUACCAUACAACAGCAACCAGAGCAGUGCAGGAGCGAUACAACUAUGGCAGAUAACAGAAAACAAACUAAAGUGAUAAUAUAUGAAUAAAAAUGACAACAGUAAACAUAAUCGAAA